AUGGCUACAGAAAGGCUCAAUAAGUUCCAAAAUGCUGUCCAGGCAGUUGGAUCGGAGCAACUCCUCCCAAACGCGAUCGACCAUAUCGCAAAGACCGACCCAGGGAGACUGUAUGCCGAAAUACCAUUAUCUACAAUGACCUUCGAUGCAGGGUUUCGGUCGGUCUCAUACGCCGACCUUGCAAACGCAGUAAAUGGUAUGGCCUGGUGGAUUCAUCGUGCUCUUGGAUUCUCAAGCACCUGUGAGCCUCUGUGUUAUAUGGGGCCUAAUGACUUGACACGAAAUCUGGUCUUGCUGGGCAAUUGCAAAGCAGGAUACUCGACUUUAAUGAUGACUCCAAGAUUUAAUGCUAUCGCCCAUGAGAAUUUUAUCAAACAAUGCAAUUGCAAUAAGAUUAUACUACCUCAAGGGCCUGAAUCUGCUGAUGAAAGUAUCGUCGCCCUGUACGACAAAGUUCUGCGAGCACCUACACUUGAAGAGCUAUUUACAGAGAAAUUUCCACACUUCACAUUUGAGAAAUCUUUCCGAGAGGUCAAGACUGAACCGCUGGUAAUACUUCAUACUUCUGGUACCACUGGCUUUCCGAAACCAAUCAUCUGGACACAUGAACUAAUCUGCUCCUUUCCUCCUGCUCAUGCUGGUCCUACAUGGGUUACUCUACUUUUCACGGUUUACUGUGGUUCAACAAUGGUUUACUUGUUAUCGGGCAUGCUACCAACAGUCAGCAUGCUCGUAGACUGUGUCCAACGCAAGAAAGUCGAUGCUCUUAUGUUAGUUCCGCCUCAAAUAGAAGAGCUUGCCAUCAACUCUGAAGCUCUCCAAAUCAUUUCACAGAAUGGUGAAACCAUGUUCUAUGCCGGAGGAGAUGUUACCAUUGCUGCUGGAGAUACUGUUUCUUCAAAGAUGAAGCUCGUCACAACUUGUGGAUCAACCGAGCAAGGGUUCUGGCAUACUAUCCAUCCAACAGGACCUUGGAAUCCAAAGAUGUGGAAAUAUAUGCGUGUGCAUCCGGCACAGAAUUUGACUUUCCGCCACCAAUCUGAAGAUUUAUUCGAAGCAACAUACACCCUUAAUGAAAGUCUUGACGGGUACAAACAGUCAAUCUUCACUAUCUUUCCUGAGAACCCUGUAUAUCCUACAGGAGAUUUGUUCUCUCCACAUGCAGAUGAUCCUGAACUAUGGCAGUUCCGCGGCCGAGCAGAUGACAUGCAAUCUUUCAUCACGGCAGAAAAGUUCUACCCCACACAAAUGGAGCGUAUUAUUGGAGCGCAUCCAGGAGUUACUGCUGUUCUAUUUGUUGGAACGCGCCGCCCCAAGGGUGCUUUACUCGUUGAGUUGCGAAACCCAUCCGAGGACAAAGCUGCCUUUCUUGAAUCGUUAUGGCCGCUUGUUGAGGAGGCGAAUAAACCCGUGCCAUACACUGCUAAAAUCACUAAAGACAUGAUCUUAAUCACAGACGAAGCACUUCCAAUGGCCAGAUCUGUCAAGGGUACCAUUGAAAGAAGAAGUACAGUGAGACUUUAUGAAGAGAAACUUGACCUUUUGUAUGCAAUUCAUGCUUAG